AUGGACGGACUAACAUUUAUUAUUGCACCAUGCAGUAGUCCCUCUCCAUCUGACAGCUAUGGUUCCUAUCUUGGAAUAAUGGAUCCAGCACAAGACAGUCAUGCUGCUGGUCAAUUAGCUGUGGAGUUUGACACAUACAAGAAUACAGGUGAUUUGGAUGCAAAUCACAUUGCGAUUGUCACAAAAAGUGUAAUACAUCCAAUUCAAGCCAGGAGUCUUAAUUUUACCGGAAUUGACCUGAAAAGUGGAAGAGACAUCAAGGUUCUAAUAGUAUUGGAUGGGAGGACAAAGUCAAUUAGAGUGCACAUUGGAUAUGCAUCUGAUCCAAUAGGUGAGACUUUUCUUGAGGGAAAAUUGGUGAUAAGCCCCUCACUUAAAAGUUUUAUUCCAUUAAGGACACUCUUAAAAGUUUUACUCAUUCUGGCGGCGGAGACGAAGCUUCCAAUGGAGGUCAAAGAUGAAUCACAUGUAGGAGAAGUGUGCCAUGUUUAA